AUGCGAUUAUUCGGCAAGAAAAAAUCGAGCAAUGCGAUUCAGGAAGAACAGCCGCCGCCAGCCAUCUCUCGACCGCGUGCUCAAGGCCAUUUGCCGCCCACGACUGCUCCCAAGCCAUCCUCUAGACGAUCCUAUGGGAGCACACACCACCGAACAAGUCAUCACUCCCCUCUAUGCACGCUUUGCCCGUGCAGACUCGUUCGAGAACUUGAGUCUGCGCGCAAAGGCAGGGGCAGAGAGCCGUGCACCGUCCAUGGCACCGACCAAUCAGGACUAGAAGACGAUGCGAACCGACUUGGGUAUGAUAGACCAUGGGCGAGGGAACUUGCUACUUCGUUCGAUUCUCCAGAGCCGAUUCAGCCAGCAAACACAGGGUCGAGUGUGCGCAUUGUAUCUGGAUCGAGUGUGCGCGACCGCAAGACCUCUGUCGAUAAGCGCCUCAGUCUCGAGGCUGUCGCUGCUGCCGAUCCCUUUAUGGCCUCCAAGAUGCAGAGUGUGAUGCGGAGGGCACCCAGUAAUGUGAGGACACCUGAUUCCACACCGCAACGCUCAGUCACCGCUCCCCCGACCACCGCCAAACCCUCCCACCCUCCACCUCGCAUCCCGACCGCUCCCCCUACCCGAUCCGUCACUGGUCCCAAGAGCCCACCAUCCAGUCGGCCCUCGUUUGACGACGACGAUACAUCAGUCUUUUCCCAUUCCAACGCCGGUCAUGCCCAGCCUCGCUCUGUUUACUCGAACAUCGCGUCAGCAUCGAGCAAGCGAGAACGCGGCCCUCCGCCCGUCGCAGGAACUCCAUCUGCAUACGCUUGGCGCUCUGGCCAGUCCGACGACGGCCACGGAGGCGGAAACAGCUUCUAUACGGGCGGCAGUCAGGUCAACCCGUACACCUGGGCCCAGCCGGGUUCUUCUGCUCCUCAACCUGUGUCCGUGCCCGCCGCUCAGCCAUUCCUCCCGCCCGGCGCGGCACCCCCCAACCCAUCCGGCCAGCCCAAUCCCAACCAUGCUCCCCCGAGCAGCAUGUCCAUGGGCAACGUCCUCAAAAAGCGCACUCCUUCCAACCGCCUGUUAAUCGUACCCCGGCUCCGGCUGGACAUCCUGCAUCGAGGAGGAUGA